CCUACUAGUUUGUUAGCUGAGUCUCGGUUAAAAUUCAGAAACCGAGAUCCGCACAGCCGAGCUCGGUGAAUGAAAAUUAGUGUGUGGUAACGAUAUCAGUCAGUGCCUGCGGAGUGGAACAAGCAAUCUCGCCCUUGUUUUAUUUUCAACAGGUUAUGAGCAGAGAGUAAAAAAAUCGAAGAUUGAAAAUGAAGAUUGACAUUCUCUUUUUUUCAUUCGUUUUUGGCCACAUUCAUUGUCAGCUGAAUGCCUCUCUUUUUUCAUUCAAUUCUCUGUCACGAAUAUUUUUUUGCACGUCGUAAAACGUCCUAUUUCUGUUAACAGACGCACAAUCCGAGUUAAUUGACAAAUAGAGCACAUAAUUAAUAUUCUAAUUAACUACUAUACACAAGUUUUGAGGUGAUUGGAAGUAUAAUCGGGAGUUACGGUCCAGUUUUAUUUCUCAAUGAAAAUUGUCAGUGACAGAAAAAUGAAUGAAUAGGUGAAAAAUUUAUUCACCAAAAUGAAUUUUAUUUUGAUCCCUCAGUUGAGAAUUUUCAAAAUUCACGUUGAAUUUCACUCAUUGAAAAUUAAAAUUUUAAACUCUGGUUAUGAGCCCAGGAACGCCCUGAUGAUGGUUCGGGAAACGUCGGAUCUGAGUAUGUGAUGAGGACGAGUGUUGGAUUGUAGGCAUAUUCUGGUAUCGAUAUCAGUCAGUGCCUGGGAUUAGGCAACAAAGCCACACUUGCUGUUUUUAUUUCCAACAAAUAUAGGACAGUUUGGACGACUCUGAAUGUUCCAAAGGUUUAUAAUAAUAUCAAGUAGAUGUCAGGUUGGUUUAGUAACUGCGGUUGAUUAUGCAACGUUACUCAGUAUACACUCAAACCUCCAUUUAGGUAGGAUCCAUUUAGGUAAAAUCUAUUUAGGUCCCUCCAUUUAGGUAACGUUACCUAAAUGGAAUUUGAUUGUGUUCAGAUCAGUUGGAGUACUUGAGACUAGGUAUAAGGCUGGUUUACGGGAAAGAAGUAGUGUGUGGUGUUAAGGGUAUAUGGGGGAGAGGAGGAGGGACGCAAUGUUGAGAUACGCCCCCUAAACCCAAACCCAUUACCUAAAUGGAGGUUUUGGUGUAACAGAUAUGGCUACUGCUACUAGUGUAAACCUAAAGUUUUGAACUCCAAGGUAAUUUGGCUGACCUGGAAUAGCCCUAUAAUGUCUAUGAAUGACCUCGUAGAUUUCAAGAGCUUGACGGAUCCCAGUAGAUUAUGUAAUGCUAUUAUUUAUGGCGAAAACACAUACAAUUAUUCUUGUAGAUUCAAAUGACCUUUUGCAAUUCGGCACUAUAAAAUUAAUUUUAUACCGUAAAGUAACCCCUUGCAGUCAGUUUACUGGCAACUCUGUUAGCUUCGCAAGUGUUCUGGAAAUCAGCUCCCAAAUUUUUCGGAUUUUUCGCGGUGAAAGUGCAUCCUAAUUUUGCGAGUGAUUAAAGUGCAUAAGUCCGAAGUGCUAAGAAUUACUUCUUUUAUCGAUAUCAUGAGUGGAUCAAAGAUGGAGAUUGAUAGAGAAAAUGAGGAAGAUGAUUUGCAACUCCAAAGCAAAUCAACACCCUCCGUCUCCUCAUCCAUCCUCAACACCGAUAACGAUGGCGCCGAUAAUGAUGAUAGCUACGAUGAUGAUGACGACUACGAAGAUGGAAUCAACGUCACCCUGCUAUCCUCUCCGCCAUCAAUUCCGGUCCCCCUAAACCCUGAGGUGCAAUUAAAUACCUCUACACAGGAAAUUAAGAGGACAACUAAAAUUAAACUAAGAAGAGCGGGUCAAAAACGCUUCAAGAGGCUCGUCGAGAGUGGGUAUAGCCGAAAAGAUGCUCAUCUUUUGGCUUUAAUACCAUCUAACGAUUCAUCCAAGCGCCAAAGAAAUACGGACUUGAAUGGAUCAAAUACCAGCGGCAAUCCAACGCCAGCUAAAAUUGCGCGCAACAACGGAGGUGCCCAUAAACCUCAGGUGACCAGCAGCAAUGUGCAAAACCGGCUUGACGCGGCUAGAUCGGGACUUCCUAUACCCCAAAAGGGAUUUGAAGGCAAGAUCAAGCCAUCAUACCGGGAUGUCACGAAUUAUGUAAAGCUGGGGGUACUCCCAAAAGGAUACCCCGAUAUAGAGCUUUCAACUGAACAACUGACUGCUAUUCAGAAAGAUAUAUGGAAAAAAGUGGCAGGCCAACGUAAAGAGUUACUUAAACCUAAAUUUGGCAAUUGUGUGCUCAAGUCAGGCUAUUUAAUCAUCGUUUGCAAAAAUCAAGAAACUGCAGACUGGUUAAAAAGCAUUAUUCCUUCAGUUAAUCCCUGGGCAGGGGCGGAGCUUUUAGCGGUGGAAGAAAAGGAUAUCCCCCGUCCAGAGAUACUUAUUGGUUUCUUUCCAUUGAGUGCAGAAGACUCCAACGAAGAGAUUCUGGCUCUAUUAGAGAGCCAAAAUGAUGGGUUGGCUGUCGAUACGUGGAGGGUACUCCAACGUAACGUUAAAAACCAACAUGUUGAACUAGUUUUCACAGUUGACGGAGGAUCUCUGAACUCCAUCAAAAAAAGUGAUUUUAGUUUGGACUUCAAAUUCGGAUAUGCUAACCUCAGGAAAAAAUAUCAAAAGAGGAAUGAGGAAGGCAGUAGUGAAAGACCAGAGCUACGGGAUGGUUGUGAUUCUCACAAGACCCAUACAAGUACUGGAGAUGGCAUAAUGGUCGUAGAUCAAAGUGCUCAAAUCCCAGGACCCAGUGGUGUUAAGAGAGCACAAAAAAUCCCUAAAAACUCUGGCCACGCUACAAGUAUCGGUAUCGAAAAAAAUACAAACACAACGAAAAACGAAGAAUCAGCACUAGGAUACAGAGACCUGAAAAUCCAAGGAGCGAAGUGUUCAAGUAAAGGUAGCCGCAGAACCAAUGUUGGGGCAGCAUUAAAUCCCCGACUAAGCGGUGAACCAGAUCAAAUUCAACCCUAAAAAUAUAAAAUUCGUCCAAGUGAACCUUCACCAUGCAAAGGGAGCAACCGCUAUACUUUGUAAAAGGUUCACUGAGAGCAAACUGGAUGUUGCCUUCAUCCAGGAGCCGUGGGCAAAUAAGAGUAGGAUACUAGGAAUUCCUACAACUUCUGGUAAGUUGAUUUACGAUAAUGGGCAGCUCGUUCCAAGAGCUGCAAUUUUAGUAAAGGGAAAUUUAAAAAUAGUUCCAAUUACAGAAUUCAUAAAUAAGGACAUCGUUGCAGUUAUGUUGGAGGUACCAACAACUCACGGGAAAACAGAAAUUUGCAUUGCAUCUACUUAUUUUCCUGGAGACCUGGGAGAGGUGCCUCCACCAGAAGUAGCGGCGUUUGUCAAAUACUGCAGACGGCAAAAUAAGGCAUUUAUAAUAGGAUGUGAUGCAAAUGCCCAUCACACUGUAUGGGGAAGCACGGACAUCAACUACAGAGGUGAGUACCUUUUAGAAUAUAUUUCCAACAAUAACAUAGAUGUAUGCAACAGAGGAAAUGUCCCAACUUUUAUGAAUAUUAAUAGAGGAGAAGUUCUUGAUUUAACUUUGUGUAGUCCAACUAUCACAGAUAAGAUCAAAAAUUGGCAUGUGUCAGACGAAAUAUCGUUAUCUGAUCACAAGCAAAUAUUGUUUGAAUAUGAUGCUGGUCAACAACUCAUACAAACCAUUAGAGAUCCCAGAAAGACAAACUGGGAUAUGUAUAAUAUAGAGCUAGCAGCACUGGAUAGCACGUUAGCAAUUAACACAAACACUAUUGAAUCGUUUGAGGAAACCUCAAAACAAUUUUCAAAUUUGAUUAUGCGUGCAUUUAAUAAGAGUUGCGCCGUCAAGGAACAGUCUACAAAUAGAGAUGUACCAUGGUGGAACAACAAAUUACAAAAACUUCGUAAAAAGACCAGGAAACUCUUUAACUGGGCGAAACGAACACAACAGUGGGCUCAAUAUAAAGAAACCCUCACUUCUUAUAAUAAAGAAAUACGAAGAUCGCAAAGGAUACACUGGAGGCAUACAUGUGAAAACAUUGAAAAUACUCCUGCAACCGCAAGGUUGCAAAAAAUCCUUGCUAAAGAUCACUCUAAUGGGCUGGGUACUUUAAAGAAAGAAGAUGGUUCUUUCACUACAACUGCUAAUGAAACUUUAGAACUAAUGAUGAGAACUCACUUCCCCUAUUCUAUUAUUAAUUCAAAUGAAGACCAAAGUACAUCUGCAUUAGGAACUGGCAUCUGUAAUACCAGGACGAUCAGUCAUACAACAAUGAAUGAAACGACUGGGCAAGAAAGAUCCAGGACAAAUGCCUCUACCUUGGCCGAAAAAAUUUUCAAUGUGAAUUCACGAUUGACACCUUUGAACCCUUCAAAUCGCCAGGUAGAGAUGGAAUUUUUCCUGUACUACUGCAGAAGGGUAAGGCGAUUUUAACACCCAUAUUAACAAAACUUUUUCAAACAAGUUUAGCAUUAGGCUACAUUCCAGAAGAUUGGCGAAAAGUGCGGGUAACUUUUAUCCCAAAGGCAAAUAAAAAGGAUAAAACCUCACCAAAAUCCUUCAGGCCGAUAAGCUUAUCGUCAGUUCUGCUUAAAACUAUGGAAAAAAUUAUUGAUGAAUACGUAAAAUCAUCAUAUAUGGCCAAAAUUCCUCUCAGCAAAUAUCAGUUUGCAUGUCUCUCUCUCUCUUCUUGGCGUAACGUCCUCACUGGGACAAAGCCUGCUUCUCAGCUUAGUGUUCUAUGAGCACUUCCACAGUUAUUAACUGAGAGCUUCCUCUGCCAAUGACCAUUUUGCAUAUGUAUAUCGUGUGGCAGGCACGAAGAUACUCUAUGCCCAAGGAAGUCAAGGAAAUUUCCUUUACGAAAAGAUCCUGGACCGACCGGGAAUCGAACCCGUCACCCUCAGCAUGGUCAUGCUGAAUACCCGUGCGUUUACCGCCUCGGCUAUAUGGGCCCUGCAAUGUCCUGCAGUUUGCAUGUCAGGAAGGCAAAUCAUCAGUAACAGCGUUACAUGCAGUUGUUACAAAACUAGAAAGAUCUUUGGGAGCAAAAGAAAUUUCACUUGCGGCUUUCCUUGACAUUGAGGGAGCAUUUAACAACUCAUCUCAUAACUCAAUGAUAUCUGCAAUGACAAAUCGUAAUUUUGACAAAUGCAUCAUAGAUUGGGUUAGCGAGAUGUUAUCUAAGAGAGAGAUAUCAGCAAACCUUGGAAACUCUUUUAUUAGUAUUAAAGCAGUAAAAGGGUGCCCACAAGAAGGCGUACUAUCACCUCUAUUGUGGUCUUUAAUAGUUGAUGAUCUUCUCAAAAAUUUAGAAUCUCAGGGAUUCGAAGUUAUUGGCUUCGCAGACGAUAUAGUCAUAUUAGUUCGAGGCAAAUAUGAUUGUAUCGUCACUAGCAGAAUGCAAAGUGCUUUAAAUUUUGUCUCUUCGUGGUGUGAUAGGGAAGGACUAAACAUAAACCCUUCUAAAACCACUAUUGUACCAUUCACGCGAAAGAGAAAAUAUGUAAUAAAAGAUAUUAUAUUGAAAGGUACACUUCUGGAACUUUCACAUACAGUUAAAUACCUUGGGGUAUACCUUGACAGCAAGCUAAGCUGGAACUUUCAUCUAGAGCAAGCAAUUACCAAAGCGACAAAUGCUCUAUGGAUAAGUAAAAGAACUUUUGGUAGGCUAUGGGGAUUAAAGCCAAAAAUGAUCCAUUGGAUCUAUACGGCAAUUGUGAGACCCAGGGUAACCUACGCUUCAUUGGUAUGGUGGAGAAAAA